CAGCUAAAUCCCAACACAAGCAAGCAACUACUCGAACUCGUCUUGCUCUCUCUUCUUCUUGUUGCCUUUCAUUUCUCCUCAGUUUGUACCAAACACGCAAUCAAAUCAAAAACCGAUUUCGAUAUCUUGAAAUGGCGGUCGACUCGUCCCUUCCUUCCCCUCUAGGGCCACCGGCCUGCGAGAAAGACGCCAAGGCUUUACAAUUUAUCGAACAAACGACUCGAAACGCCGCCGGCGUCCAGGAGAGGGUUUUGGCCGAGAUUUUGAGCCGAAACGCCGAGACUGAGUAUCUCCGACGCUACAAGCUCGGCGGCGCCACUGACCGCAAAUCCUUCAAAUCCAAGGUUCCCGUGAUUACCUACGAGGAUCUCCAGCCGGAAAUCCAAAGGAUCGCCAAUGGAGACCGCUCUCCCAUCCUCUCCGCUCAUCCAAUUUCUGAAUUUCUCACCAGCUCUGGUACUUCAGCUGGUGAGAGGAAGCUGAUGCCAACGAUUCAGGAGGAGCUGGACCGUCGCCAAUCACUCUACAAUCUUCUCAUGCCGGUCAUGAACCUUUGUGUGCCUGGGUUGGACAAAGGCAAAGGCUUGUACUUUCUGUUCGUCAAGUCCGAAUCAAAAACACCGGGCGGACUCUUGGCCCGACCCGUUUUGACCAGCUACUACAAAAGCGAGCAUUUCAAGACCCGCCCUUACGACCCGUACAAUGUCUACACCAGCCCAAACGAGGCCAUCCUCUGCGCCGAUUCUUUUCAAUCCAUGUACACUCAAAUGCUCUGUGGUCUCCUCGAGCGCCACCAAGUCCUCCGCCUCGGCGCCGUUUUCGCCUCCGGUCUCCUCCGCGCCAUCCGCUUCCUCCAGCUCAACUGGCAGCAACUGGCCGCCGAUAUCCGAACCGGAACACUCAACUCCAAAAUUACCGACCCGGAGUUGAAAGAAUGCAUGGAGCGGACUCUCAAACCUGACUCCGAACUAGCCGAGUUCGUCGCCGAACAAUGCGGGGAGGAGAAUUGGGAGGGAAUCAUAACACGAAUUUGGCCCAACACCAAGUACCUUGACGUCAUCGUCACUGGAGCCAUGGCGCAGUAUAUUCCGACGUUGGAUUACUACAGCGGAGGGCUACCAAUGGCAUGCACAAUGUAUGCUUCUUCCGAGUGUUACUUCGGACUCAACCUCAACCCGAUGUGCAAGCCUUCUGAAGUUUCGUACACAAUCAUGCCGAACAUGGCCUACUUUGAGUUCCUCCCCUACGACCCCAACUCCAUGGGUCUUGACCCGACCCGACUUGUCGACCUGGUCGACGUGGAGGUCGGAAGGGAAUACGAGCUCGUAAUUUCAACCUACGCCGGGCUCUACCGUUACCGCGUCGGCGACAUUCUAAGAGUCACCGGGUUCCACAACUCGGCGCCGCAGUUCCACUUCGUGCGCCGCAAGAACGUCCUCCUCAGCAUCGACUCCGACAAGACCGACGAGGCGGAGCUCCAGCUCGCCGUCGACAACGCCUCCAAGCUCGUACUCGAGAAGCUCAACGCCAGCGUCGUCGAGUACACCAGCUUCGCCGACACCAAGACCAUCCCCGGCCACUACGUCAUCUACUGGGAGCUUCUAGUCAAGGACUCGGCCGAGCCGCCCAGCUCGGAGUCGCUGAGUCAGUGCUGCUUGGCCAUGGAGGAGUCGCUCAACUCGGUUUACCGGCAGUGCCGGGUGGCGGACAACUCGAUCGGGCCGUUGGAGAUUCGGGUGGUGAAGAGUGGCACGUUUGAGGAGUUGAUGGACUACGCGAUCUCGAGAGGCGCGUCGAUAAACCAGUAUAAGGUGCCGAGGUGUGUGAAUUUUACCCCUAUAAUGGAGUUACUGGACUCGAGGGUGGUUUCCAAGCAUUUUAGCCCGUCUUUACCGCACUGGACCCCGGAAAGGAGACGGUAAAAGAAUAUAUUGGUCCACCGGCGGGAAGAAGUGAACGACUCUAUGGUCCUAAGACUAGCUUAAAUGUAAUGUAUCAAGUUUUUUGAUAAAAUUUGUGUAGACUUUUUUCUAUUAAAAAAAAAGUGUAAGUUGGAUUAGGACGUUGCAGGGGCAGGGUUUUGUAUUUUGGUUCGAUUUGUUAGGCUUGUGGAAAAAAUGAAA